AUGAACAAAAAUAUAUGCAUAUAUGGAGGUUCCUAUGACCCGAUAACUUAUGCCCAUGAAAUGGUUCUUACCGAAGUUAGCAAAUUAGAAUGGAUUGAUGAAAUAUGGGUUGUUCUAUGCAGAUGUAGACAUGAUAAAGACCUAGCAGCGUUUCAACACAGGCAUAAUAUGUUUUCAUUAAUAGUUAAUAACAUUUCAUCUGAAAAAUUUAAAAAUAAAAUAUUUUUAAAAGACCUUGAAUGUAAGGAUACAGCAACUCCUACGUAUGAUUUGUUAAAGACACAAAAAGAAAUACAUCCUAAUUACACCUUUUAUUUUGCUAUUGGCUCCGAUUUAUUGCCUGACAUUUUCAAUUGGGAUAAUGGUGAAAAAUUAGUUUUAGAAAAUAAUUUCAUAAUUGUUGAAAGGGGUAAUUUUAAUAUGGAUGAAGAAAUAUUAAAAAAAAUUCCAAAUUAUCAUUUAAUUAAAAUUGAAAAAAUGUCUUUCGUUAAUUAUAUUUCAUCAAGUGAUGCAAGAAAAAUAUUAACAGAAAAAAAGAAUUUAGAAGAUUUACAGAAAUAUAUUAAUCCUAUAAUUAUUGAUUAUAUAAAAGAACAUAACUUAUAUGAACAUCAUUUGAAAUAA